CGGAGAUGUAACAAAAUGAAAUACUGAGAAAUGUAGGUUAAAAAUGCGGGCGGGCACUGUUGCUUCCUGGCCUGUUUGCUGUUACCCAAGUUCUAGCCGUCAUCGUUCUAAUCUGUCUUACAAGAGAACCAUCAUUCCUCUCUCGGCUUUCAAGAUUCAAACCCAAUGCAGAAACAGCUGUUACGUCACUCACACGACGGCAAAUAGUUGCAGCAAGGAGCAAGGAAAGAAGAAAAAGAAGAAGAAUGAUUCACAUCCAUGUCACAAACACGUAUUCUUAGAAGAACUGUACCCCUCUAUUGGCGAUAGCAGCCAAACAAGAAGUACCCAGGAGAAAGAAAGCGUAAAAGAAGAAGAAGAAGCAGAGAACAAGGUCCAGAACCGUGAGGUUAUUUGCACAAACAUGUGGUGGGCAGACUUGAGAGCAGCGUUGGGUCAGAGAUUUAAUUUGGAGGGAAUCGUUUGUUCGGUGGGGGUGGUUGCGAGGCAUCGGCAUUUGGCGGUUCCCCACGUGACCGUGCCUGAUAUAAGGUACAUUGAUUGGGUUGAGCUUCGAAGAAGGGGUUUCAGGGGUGUUGUUUUUGACAAGGACAACACUAUUACUGCGCCUUACGCUUUGACAUUGUGGGGGCCUCUCGAAUCUUCGAUAGAGCAAUGCAAGUCGGUGUUUGGAAAUGAUAUCGCAGUGUUUAGUAACUCAGCAGGGCUUCACGAGUAUGAUCCUGAUGGCCGUAAAGCUGGAGCUCUGGAGAGGGCAAUCGGAAUUAAAGUAAUAAGGCAUAGGGUGAAGAAGCCAUCUGGAACAGCUGAAGAAAUUGAGAAACACUUUGGUUGUGCAUCGUCACUACUUAUCAUGGUUGGUGAUCGGCACUUCACUGACAUUGUUUAUGGGAACCGAAAUGGCUUUCUCACCAUCUUGACUAAACCAUUGAGCCUUGCAGAGGAGCCUUUCAUUGUUAAGCAGUUGAGGAAACUAGAAGUUUUCCUUGUGAAUCAAUGGUCUCAGAGAGGACUGAAGAUUACCAGUCACAUUCGAUUGCCAGAUGCCCUUCAAUGUGUCAAAGAUCCACCACCUCUUAGGAGAGAAUAGCAGUUUGGAUGAUCAGCCAACAUUCUGAAUACCAUUGCAAUGGCAAAAGAAGUGGUGUCAUGGGCUGCAAACACUAGUAAAACCACAUUAUCAACAACCUCGUCCUCACUGAUUUCCCCUCGAAUCAGUGCUGCGAUCAACCGGUAGAGCAACAUCCCACCUUCUUCUUCUCCCAUCCCAUCUUCCAUCUCCUUCCUCUUCUUUCUUACUAUAUCAACUAACCUCCUUUCUAUCUCUUGCCGUGCUCUCUUUGCCCUUGAAAACUUGGAGCCAGGAAACCUAACAGGGGGAGCAAAAACCCCUUCCAAAACACUCUCAAACAUUUCCAAUGUUCCUGGCUCUACAUUGAUCCCUAGCAAGCACUCAAACAUGACGGUAAAUGUCAAAAUUUUUGCAGAAUGGUAGAGGCUAAUCAUGUUACUGUUUUGCCACUUUGUAUCCAGGUGCCAAUGAACUGAGUCACAGAUUUUGGGCACUAAAGUCUCAAGGCCAGCGUAGUUUAGGCUUGUGGCUAUAAUCCCCCGAAGGCAGCGAUGCUGCUCUCCUUGUUUUUCCAUGAUAGAGUGCUUGCCCAUGAGCUGAACUGAUGCUGAAGGCCAUGAGCUGAUCACCAACUUGAACUCAUUCGACAUGAAGAAGCGGUUAGCUUUGGCUCCACUGACCACUAUGGUUGGAGACCCCAGUAGCCUUGUCUUAAAGAUUUUUCCGUAUUUAGUGAUCCGGGGUUGAACAAACUCCUCAAACAAUUGAUUUUUACGUUGAGCUUUGUAGAACUCCAUUGUUUCCCCAAUCCAAGGUAGGCCCAUUGCGCCUGGUGGUAGCUGCUGCUUGUUCCUGCCUUUAUUCCCCUCCCUGUGCAUCAAGAAUAAGAUGGUGACCAUGGCUGCCAAGAAAGAGAACAGACAAUAAAGAACACAUCUCGCAUCCAUAGCCAUUGAUUGCACAAAGAAUGACUUAGCAGGGAGAAUUUGUGGCUUUAGCAGUUUUGUCAUAACAAGUCUGCUGAUUUAUACGAGGGCAGGUGAUGAAAGGAACAAGUUUUCACUAAGUCAGACCUAGUUAAUUGUUUAAAGUCAACCAUCAGAUGUCAGAACAAUUUUUUUUUUUUGUUCAUUAUAUUAGCGUGUUGUUUGUUUAAAUUUGUUUGCGAAAUGUAUUUAAGUGAAGUGUUAGGCCUGA